AUGGCGACGGACGAUGCGACAUCAGGACGCAUCUACAUCAAAGAUCUGCCAGAGACUGGUUCUGAUUAUGAGGGCUGGCGCUUCACGUUGAAGAGUCAAAUCUUGCGUGUAGCGCCGGACCCAGUGGCAGCCAUGGCUUACAUCAGAGAGCUUGAUGAUGAAGCGGUUUCCUUUGGCGAUUUGGCGUCAAACUUGUCCGUAGACAUGAACAAAACAGAUGUGAAUGUUUUCGCAGCGGUGGUUGCCGCAUGUCAGAAGGGCAAGAAAGGACCGGAGAUCCUCAAGCUGAUACAAUCACGUGCACAGUUUGGUUGUGGUCGUCAGGCUGUCCGCAUCGUUGAUCAGCGGCACUUGCAUGAGUCAACGCAUUUAGCCACGGAGGCUAACACCAAGAUCCAAGAGCUCAGUUGUUCUGGAUUGUCGGAGCUUGACAGCUACAUGGCAUCUUUUUCGUUGCUUCGUCACCAGAUGGGUUCCGGCGAGCAUAAGCUCACGAAUGCUGGGGGCAUUGCGCUUCUGAAGCGCAAACUCAAAGACAUCAAAGAACUGGAUGCCACUUUUGCCGUUUUCAAUGCCAGCAAUUCUGUGGAUUUAGACGCCUUGAUCUAUGCCAUCAACGGUUUGAUUGCACAUCACUCGGAAGAGAUAGAAAGGCGAAAAGCGCAGAAAAAGGCUGCAGCAGCCAAGGCCGCUGCUGCCGCGGCGGCAGGCGGCAAGUCUCAGGGAGGCAAGGGCAAGCACAAAAGCAAGAAAGGCAGUGACAAGCCGUGUGAACAUUGCCACAAGCCCGGACACACAGCGCAAAAGUGCUGGUUGAAUCCAAAAAGUUCCGCUUACAGGCCGGACUUCGCGGCCAAAGUCAAUGGCAGCAAUGCCUCUUCGUCCAAUGGUGGGCCGUCUGCGCCGCCUGGUUUGGGAGCUGCAUCCAUUGGGGCUCGGACUGGGCCUGCAGUUCCGACAGAUGUCCUCACCAAGGCGUUUUCGGAGUUCCUCACCAAGCGGUUCGGUGGUUCCGCAUGGUUUGCCGAUAUCGGGCCGAACGCACUUCAACAGUUUGCGGGCGCAGCGUGGGCUUUGGAUUCUGGGGCCAGUCAAUUCUGCAUCAUGGGCGAAAAUGCCGAUGAUGCCAUGUGGGAAACCGUGCAAAGUGCAGACUGUGACAUCGACACAGGGGCUGGGACGGCUCGGCCAACAGCAAUGGUAGACGCCAUGGUUCCGCAUCUAGGGCGUCGCUCGGCUAUGGUGAUGCCGGAGUCAAAAAUCAACAUGGCAUCGAUGGGCGAAACUUGCGCUGAGAUGGGGUAUCAUUUUUACUGGCCGGCGUGGUCGGAACAGCCGCAUUUCUGGCGUGAUGGUGGUUCCAACGAGGUGCCGCUCACCAUGGUCAAUCGAGUCCCAUUCUUGUUAAGCGCUGUCGAUGCUGGUCCUGCAAGCAUGCACGGGGAUGUGAGCGACACGGACUUGAACGACUUCUUCGCCAGCAUGUUCCGGGAAUUCUGCAUGACCCUCAAUGGGGCGGAACUCGCCAGUCUUUCGGUUCCCCUGGCGUUGGCAACGCAGACGCAACCCGCGGAUCAACAUUGUUUGGCUCACUUUCCGAAGGACCCCACUUGCGAAGUGUGCUUGCAAGCGAAGAUGUGCCGCGCGCCGGCGUCCCGCAAGAAACAAUCUGUGGAAGAUGACAAGCAGACAGCCCAAGUGCAUGGCGAACGCAUUCACUGUGAUCUUGUCGGCCCCACGCGCCCCAGCAUCAAUGACGAGGUGUAUGCCAUGAUUACUCAUGAUGAUGCUACGGGGUACCCUGCCGCACGUGCCUUGCGCACCAAGCAGGCCUCCGAAGCCGCUGCCGCUUUCGACGACAUGUAUGGAAGCCAGUCGGUGUCAGCAGUCCGGACAGACAAUGGUGGUGAAUUCCAAGGCGAGUUUGCUGCCAAGCUCAAAGAACGGAAGGUCAGACAUGAACGCUCCUUGCCGCGUCGGCCGCAAACCAACUCUCGUGCUGAGCGUUUCCACCGCACAGUUGCAGAGGGCAUGGCUUGCCUAUUUGUUGCGUCUGGUGUGCCCUAUGUUUUUUGGACUUUCUGUCUCAUGGCUUUCCUCUUUGUCUACGCGCGCAGCCCUGGUGCCAAUGGAGCCGAGUCUCCUUACCAGCUCCGCUUCAAUCGCUCCUACGAUUUGAGCAAAUUGCGUCCCUUCGGCUCCGCUUGCUACUAUCUUUCUGAGGAGCAUGACAAGUUUGCAUCUCGUGGACGGCUUGGUGUUGUGUUGGGUUAUAGCCGGCUGCAGUCGUAUUACGUCUUGGAUUUCGAGCACUACGUCGAAACAAAGGGCGAAGCACGGAUUGUACACACACGUGAUGUGCGCUUUCCGCCUCAGUUGCGCUGGCCAUUUCAUGAGCUGGGCAUGGACAACCCUGAUGCAGCGCACUGGGCCCACCGUUUGUUCGAACCGGAGGUGUUGCAGCCCACGCCCGUUGCUGGCGAUGACGGCCGUUGCGUACUUUGCGGACUGUGGGCCACGGAUGCAGAGGUCCAUUGUCGGGGAUGUUUGCUUGGUGGUGGUCGUCGUCGGCAUGUGGAUGGUCCCGGCUGCCUUCGUGCUCGGUGUGGUGGUCAUUCAUUUCUUGACGUUCAGCACGCGGCCUCCAACGAGACAAGCGUGGACUACUCCCUGAGCUUGCCCGGCAGCCGUGAUGGGGGCGUCAUCGACUCCUCCAGCUCCAGAUCUCCGAUGUCGCAUGACAUACGCGAUGAUGCUGAUGACGAUGAUAUGAUUCCACCCCCUGACGAUGAAGGUGAUGGACGUCAUCAUUCGGAUGCCCCGCUUCGCCGACCUCGCUGGCGGGUAGACUUGUUCACGGACGCGCAGGCGCCUCCUCGGCACAACUACGGCCCUCAGUUCGAUGACAGCAUGGAUAGUGGUCUUGUACCGCCUCGCCCUGAUUUGGCCCCAUCGACUCCGAUGUCAGAUCGACGCGCAGACGAUGUCACAUCUUCAUCUGGGCGAUCACGGUCUCGCCGCGGGUCGCAUCCAUCGGAUGCAGAUUCGGAACGUGCUUCUCAAGGCCCAACUGUCGCACAAAACCCGGCGUCUCCAGCACACAUUGGAUCACAUCCAUCCGAUGCUGACUCGGAACGAUCCAGGCCAACUUACAACAAUCACAGUCGGACGAGCACCGAAUUACGGCCAGACGGCAUACACAGUUCGGAUGCUGAUUCCGAGAGGUCGCAGCAGCCGAGCAAUGUUCUUGACAAUGGGGCCAUCUCCUCCACGGUAACGUUUGAAAGUGAUCGAUCUGGACUCAGCACCGUCGUUCGCAGUGGGACGGUUCUCACGACGGCUGCAGCGCUCAGAUUGGAACAGGAGCUGGACAAGUUGACAACUGAGCUCGGGAAAAUGUUCGCUUGUGUCACCAAAAUAGUCAAACGCAAGGAUCCAGAGUGGGACACAAACGCCGCGCGUGCAGCCAUCCGCAAGGAGGCGGCAAACCACGCAUCGAAGCGGACUUGGGAUUCCGAAGCAUGUGAAUGGGAAAGUGCUGUGGCCAAGUACGGGCCUGACGUGGAGUACGUGCAGGCAAAUCUUAUUUUGGGGAUCAAGCACUACGAACUCGAUCAGUCCCAGCACCGGUUCAAAGCUCGCAUAGUUGCGCUCGGAGACAAUGUGCGUGACAUCUACGGCCGCCUUGUGGAGGAAGACCAAUUGCACGGUCGACCCAUUACACUUGAGGGAUCGCGGGCGCUGGAUUGCUACGCUGGUUUGCAACCCGACGGCGAUUGUCAGACUGCUGACGCUGAUGGUGCGUACUUGCAAGCUCGACUCAAAGGUCGUCCGAAGGUUAUUUGUUUGCCGAGAGAAUUUCGCACACAAGCAGAGCUGGAGAUGCGAUGUCCAGUUCACCUUUUGUACAUGGCCAUCUACGGGCUCACACGUUCAAACAGCGACUGGGAAGAUCAUGCUGACGAGCGGUUGUUGCUUAAGCAUUGGCUGCAAGCUCGUGACAUUGAGCGUCCGAUCUUCAAAAAGGAAUACAACGGUUCCGAAGAAAUACUGUCACGCGACCAUGCUGAUGUUGCCACGUUUCUUGUCAAGCAGGAUGCUUACAUCGAUACCUUCACGCGGAAGUAUUUGGAUGAGAUUGGGGCCUAUAGACUUCCACGAUACGACACACCAGCUGUGAAGCUCGCGGCCAGUGAUGUGUCCAGCAUGAAUGAACCAGGUCAGUUUGCCUCAAAUUGUGGGACGUACGUGGGGGCCGGAUUGUGGAUAGCUCGGAAUAGUCGUCCUGAGAUAUCUUUUGCUGUCGGAUGGUUAGGCCGGUACACUACAAAAUGGACCAAAAGACAGGAUGCGGCCUUGCAUCGUCUCAUGGGAUAUCUAGCAGCUACUCAGUCCUCCGCACUUCGUCUGGUUCUCAAUCCUGCUGAUGUUCAGCAACGCACUCUGAGACUAGUACUGUGGGUCGACUCUGACUGGGCGACAGAUCCUGAAACCAGGCGAUCGACGUCAGGAGCUGUUUUGCAACUCGUUGGGUCGCAUGGCACUCGCGCGACAUUUGCUUGGAGAUCGCAUCGACAAGGUGCAACUGCAUUGUCGGCGCCAGAUGCCGAAGUGACUGCUAUGGCUGAAGGUCUCAAGCGCCACGGGAUCUAUGCACAAGAUCUUUUCGAGUUUUUGUUGGGAUAUCGAAUUCCAUUAGACAUCAUGACCGAUUCAGCAACAGGCAUCGCCGCAAUCGAUGACGCAUAUGGUGUGCUCAAGUACAUGAAGCGAACACAAGGCGUGCCUUUGUCAUGGUUGCAUGAUGUCAGCAUUGAUCCCGACAACAACAUCAAGAAAACCAGCACUGACGAUAACCUCGCAGAUAUCAUGACGAAAGCAUUGGAGAAGAACAAGUUCCAGCAUUUUUCACGGCUUUUGGGAGUUCACCCGCAUGGUUGA